CGGGUCUUACUCAAUCAGCGGACAUUUGUCAUUCACAAGAUGGCGGGUACUGGUGGUGAGUCUGAAGUGGUGAAAAUGGAGGUUGAUUACAGCGCCGAAGUAAAACGGCUUAUUUCGGAUUGUGAGAUGGAAGGAACGGUACUAAGCGAAGCUCUAGAGAAACUUCUAGCCAUGGAGAAACUGACAAGAACGGCUGGAGACGCCAAUUCCACUGGUCACAUUCUCGUCUUCAUCAUGAAGAUCUGCUUUGGAUCUGGCGACUGGCCUUUGCUCAACGAACACAUAGUUAUGUUGACUAAGAGACGUAGUCAACUAAAACAGGCCGUAACGAAGAUGAUACAAGAAGCAUGCACAUAUGUGGAGCAGACUCCAGAUCUAAACACUAAGCUGAAAUUAAUUGACACACUCAGAACAGUUACUGAAGGGAAGAUAUACGUGGAAGUAGAAAGAGCGAGACUUACUCGUCGUUUAGCUCAAAUUCAAGAGGAGCAAGGUAACAUUAGUGAGGCUGCAAAAAUAUUACAAGAUCAACAGGUGGAGACUUUUGGUUCUAUGGAGAAAAGAGAGAAAGUGGAGUUUAUUCUAGAGCAAAUGAGACUGUGUCUAGCUAACCAUGACUAUGUUCGGACUCAAAUCAUUAGCAAGAAGAUCAGUGUCAGAUUCUUUGACACUGAAAGUGUUCAGGAUCUUAAAUUGAAAUAUUAUCAGUUGAUGAUUACUCUUGGUGAACAUGAAGAUGCUUUUCUGACAAUAUCAAGGCAUUAUCAAGCUGUAUUUGAUACUCCAUUAGUUAGAGAUGAUCCAGCAAAACGACAAGAGGCAUUGCGGAAUGUAGUUCUUUACUUGCUGCUGGCACCGUAUGACAAUGAACAAAAUGAUCUUGUGCAAAGAGUUAGUCAGAACAAAACACUAGAAGAAAUACCAACUUACCGAACUCUUUUGCAACAAUUUAUUACAAUGGAGUUGACUGGCUGGAAUUCUCUUUGUGAACAUUUUGACACUGAACUUCGUCAUGGUGUACCAGAUGCACCUGCUACUGGAGUAUUCAGUCAUGAUACGGAAAGUGGUAAUCAACGAUGGAAGAUGUUUCACAGGAGAGUUAUAGAACAUAAUAUUCGGGUUAUAGCAACAUAUUAUGCAAGAAUUGGCUUCUCUCGAAUGGCAGAACUUCUUAACUUGACAGAGAAUGAAGUAGAGGAACAUCUUUCUUGUAUGGUGGUCAACAAAACUGUUUUUGCUCGAACAGACAGACCGGGAGGAGUUAUAAGUUUUUUGACACCUCAAGAUCCAAGUCAAACGCUGAAUGUAUGGUCUCACAAUAUUGACUCUCUUAUGGCUCUUGUAAACAAAACAACUCAUCUAGUGACAAAGGAGGAAAUGGUCCAUAGCAAAUGUAUGCAUUAGCUUGAAUUGGGAGUGGGAUGAUGGUAUUGCUAUGAUCACUUGUACUUGUGAGAUGUGGGCUUCACUAAAUACUUUGAUUCUGUGAUUAUUUGUAUCUUUCACUUUUGCUGCACUCUGAAGUUAAUAAGUGGGUGACUACUGUGUUA